CGCUGUCCCCACUCUCCCUCGGCGAGCCGCCGGGGCGCAGGGACUGACGGACUGACGGACUUUCGCGCGGACCGCGCUGCUGUGGGACCUGGGCGCCGGGUGUCCAACGCGAGCACCUGCUCGUCGCGCCCCGCCCCGUCCCGUCGGGGCUCAUGGCUCCUCCCGAGCCCCACAGCCCGGAGGGCGCAGGGUAGAGGGCUGCGGCCCGGCCACACCGCCCGGGGACUCCCGGGCCUUCCCGGAGCCCCGCGGAGUCCCCGCCGUCCCUUUGGCGGGCUCAGGGAGCGAGUGGGAGCACCCUCCCCCCGCCGCCCCUCCCCCGAGCGUCGAGACAAGAUGCUGCCCGGUUUCCGUCGCCUGCUGCAAGGUCCCGCCUCGGCCUGCCUCCUGCUGAUGCUCCUGGCCCUGCCGCCCGUGGCCCCCAGCUGCCCCAUGCUCUGUACCUGCUACUCGUCCCCGCCCACCGUGAGCUGCCAGGCCAACAACUUCUCCUCGGUGCCGCUGUCCCUGCCGCCCAGCACGCAGCGACUCUUCCUGCAGAACAACCUCAUCCGCACGCUGCGGCCGGGCACCUUCGGGCCCAACCUGCUCACCCUGUGGCUCUUCUCCAACAACCUCUCCACCAUCUACCCGGGCACCUUCCGCCACCUGCAGGGCCUGGAGGAGCUGGACCUUGGCGACAACCGGCACCUGCGCUCUCUGGAGCCUGACACCUUCCAGGGCCUGGAGCGGCUGCAGUCGCUGCAUCUGUACCGCUGCCAGCUCAGCAGCCUGCCUGGCAACAUCUUCCGCGGCCUGGUCAGCCUGCAGUACCUCUACCUCCAGGAGAACAGCCUGCUCCACCUACAGGAUGACCUGUUCGCGGACCUGGCCAAUCUGAGCCAUCUCUUCCUCCACGGGAACCGCCUGCGGCUGCUCACCGAGCACGUGUUCCGCGGCCUGGGCAGCCUGGACCGGCUGCUGCUGCACGGCAACCGGCUGCAGGGCGUGCACCGCGCGGCCUUCCGCGGCCUCAGCCGCCUCACCAUCCUCUACCUGUUCAACAACAGCCUGGCCUCGCUGCCCGGCGAGGCGCUCGCCGACCUGCCGGCGCUCGAGUUCCUGCGGCUCAACGCCAACCCCUGGGCGUGCGACUGCCGCGCGCGGCCGCUCUGGGCCUGGUUCCAAAGCGCGCGCGUCUCCAGCUCCGACGUGACCUGCGCCACCCCCCCGGAGCGCCAGGGCCGCGACCUGCGCGCCCUCCGCGAGGCCGACUUCCAAUCCUGCCCGCCCGCGGCGCCCACGCGGCCCGGCAGCCGCGCCCGCGGCAACAGCUCCUCCAACCACCUGUACGGCGUGGCCGAGGCCGGGGCGCCCCCCGCCGACCCCUCCACCCUCUACCGAGACCUGCCCGCCGAAGACCCGCGGGGGCGCCAGGGCGGGGACGCGCCCACGGAGGACGACUACUGGGGGGGCUACGGGGGCGAGGACCGGCGAGGGGAGCAGACGUGCCCCGGCGCUGCCUGCCAGGCGCCCGCGGACUCCCGCGGCCCUGUGCUCUCCGCCCGGCUCCCCACCCCUCUGCUUUGCCUCCUGUUCCUGGCGCCCCAUCAUCUCUGACUGCGGUGCUGAGACUAAAGCGGCGGGGCUGUGAGGGGUGUGGGGUGGGGAUCCCCCGGAGCUGCGGCUCUGGCCCCAGUUCCCGCCCCUGGCCUUGCUGCUUUCCUUUUCCCCUCUCAGUUCCCCUUCUCCCCUGGGACCAGGCCGCCUCUCCCUGCCUCCUGGGCUAUCCUGACUUAGAGCGGUCCCAGAAGGGCGUAUCUGGUGGCUCCCUGGACUCUGUUCUCCCCGAUUCUGGCCACCAGCUCUUCCCCGUCCCAGGGCUGCCUGGAGGCCCCCCUCUCCCCCAAGCAGCUGCUUAGACCUCCGUUUCCCGGGCCCACCGUGGACUGAGAGGAUCUUUUGCCUGCAAAGCAUCUUCCACCAGCAGAGCCUUUGGAAGCUCCACAGAAGGGAGCAUCGUCCCAGGAGCCCUUUGGAAGGUUCCUCAGUCGGGACCAGGGGGACCCCAGGCUCCUGCUCAUCCUCGCCCCCCUCAGCCUCCCGACACUGGAGGAAUAUUUUUCUCCUAAGUCUACCCUGGACACUUUUUAGGGCGCCGGGAGAGGACUUUCCUCUCUACCGUGGCUCUUGUGUGGUGAGGAUCAAAAGUUGUUUGGGAAAAAAAUUUAUUAAAAAAUUCUAUUAUUUUC